AUGUCGGCCUCAACGCCUGAAGAGCCUCAGUCAAAUCCUCGUUUCUUGUUCCACCAACCACGCGCCCUACAAUGGUUCGAGGACGGGAAGUUGAUGCGCCGUCAGGAUGGUGAACGACAAGCCGGGCGAUUCGAGCUAUUCCUCGAUCUGCUCUAUGUCGCGAUCCUGUCAAACUUCGCCGAUACCCUCGCUGAAGACAUAUCAGGUGCCAAGCUGGUCAAAUAUAUUCUGAUCCUGGCGCCAUCAUGGAACGUUUGGAGCGAUCUGCGCGAGUUGAUGAACGCCUUCUACACCGACGAUCUCCUACAGCGCAUCCUGAUUCUGUGGGUUAUGGCCGUACUGGUCGUAUACGGCAACAACGCCCCACUCGUCGACGAGGAGAUCGGUGCCAUGCGCUCCGCCGUGGGAUCCUACAUGGUCGCGCGAAUCUCAUGCAACCUCGCCCACGUAUUCUACUCCUUCGCCAGCUACCACCACCGUCCGCAGCAGCGCCUCUGGGUUGUCCUUUCCAGUCUGUCACUAUGCAUUUACAUCCCACUAUACUUCGAGUCAGUCUCGAUCCGCGGCAAGAUCGCGGCUGCUGCUGUCGCUAUCUCGGUUGAAACCAUGGUUUGGAUUCUGUGCUACUCGCCGGCUGGUAAGAAACUUCUUCGCGUCAGGUGGUCGACGGCAGUAGAUAUCGCUCACGAAAUUGAUCGGUUCUCUGCAUUCUACAUCAUUGCGCUGGGCGAGUUUCUCUAUUUGAUUAUUGUUGGCUCCUAUGCUGCAGUUGGACUCAAUGAACGGCUUCUGCGAGCUGUUUGGACAUUGGUUAUUGCAUUCUGUUUGAAUUGGCUGUAUGCUCACGCCGAUGGCUCAUUACAUACCACUCACCCCAUGCGGCACUCGGUUUAUACUGCUUUUUCCUGGGCCCUGAUUCAUCUACCACUUAUUGCCAGUCUGCUAGCUGGCGGACAUGUUGCAGCACAGUCAGUCGCCGAGAAAGAGUUCGAAGCUCCGCAGCGAUGGCUCCUUUGCGGCGGUCUGGGUGCAGGCAUGAUCUUUUUGUAUGUGUUUGCUCUGCUGCACAAGUCCAAUGAUGAAUCGGGGACUUUGAUCUUGGACAAGCCUUUCCGACUCAUCAUGCGCCCUGCAGUCGGCAUCAUCACGAUCCUUUUGCCCCUGGCUGACCACCUGAAUGCAACUGACGUGUUGUCAAUUAUCAUGGCCUUGUUUGUAUUUACUCUGAUUUGGGAGACUGUCACUUCGCUCAAGAAGGGUGCCUGUUUCUGGGAGACCUGGACAGAGACGGACUACCCCGAGGACAAACCCGAAGUUCAUAAUGCCAAGAAUGGGGGGACAGUUUGA